UUGCUCUCUUUAAAUUAUCGUCAUUCUUCAAUCAUGAAGAACGUUUCCAGGAGCAGCAGGUUCUCUUCCUGCUUUCGUCUCCACCCUCCACCUUCGCUCCAUCGCUCUUCCUCUGUCCCCCUUCCUCCCAAGCUCACUUUUUCUCUGCUCCUCAAAGCUCUCGCCGUCCAAACCUUCCAGAAUAUAAGAGCUCGCCCUCCGAGACGUCGCGGAUCAAAACGCAGAUCAUCCCGUGAUGGGACGACCCUGCAGAACCCAGCGACCAGAGCUUCCAACGUUCCAGAAACUAAAGCUUCAAAUGGUUUGCCUUCGUGUUGUUGGAGGUCGGGUUCAGAAUCAGAGAAUUUAGACGCGUCUUUUCACUCUAACAAACCGGGCUACGAAGAAAGUAGGCGUGAGGGCAAAUCAGGGGAGCGAAAGAAAUCGGAGUGGCUGGGGAUAUGCCUGGUUGCCUUGAGCUUAACGUUGACGGUGAUGUUGGGUAAGUAUUGGGGAGCCUUGUUGACAUGGGCGUGGCUCUACCUGUUGUCUCUGGUGAAGGUGAAAGCAGGCAAAACAACACGAGUCCAAUAGAGUAGGCGCGGGCUCAUCAUAGAACUACCAUCAAGGGGCAUUCAAUUUUGGAUGCCAAAGUUCUUUUUAUGGUGCUUCGCGCUUCGUCUCCAGUCUAGGGGGUAAAACGGACCAAUAACUUCAAUAAUAUAUUUUUUAUCUUUAAUAUUUAAUAACAUGAUUUAUAAAUAAAAUUAAAAAAAUUUUAUUCUUUUGGCAUUAUAAAUAGAAUCAGAGAAUGUAAAAUUAAUUAGUUUUGAAGAUGAGCUCCUUUUAUUUGGACUCCCUGGCUAUCCUCACAUUACAAAACCUUCUGUGUACUUUGAUUGUUCUGUAGACACUAAACACACCCGCUCCCUGGCUAUCCUCACAUUAUGAAACCUUCUGCGUUUCCGUACGUAGUCCAAAUUUGCCUCAAUUUCUUUUCGUGUAUCAGAUAUCAACAGUAAACUUUCUGUACAAUUAAACUGUAGGUGCUUUAAUUCGUAAGUGAUUGGUCGUGUUAUUCUUGGAUUUUAAUGUUUCAAUCUUUUCUGUUAUAUAUUAUAAAUAACU